AUGGAGCAAGAGCAUCCUCUGGCUUGGUCAGAUAUGACCAACCCGGGCGAUGAUGAAUUCUCCAACUUCCUCGAGUUUGGCAUGCAGUUCCCUGAUGUGGAGGGGCAUGGGCCAAGUGACCCUCACGCUUCCCGGCCUCUUGCCCACCCGGCCUCCAUGUCGAUGCCCGCCACAACAGCACCUGCGCAGGAGCAAUUGGUCCGCAUGGAUACCGAUAAUGUUAGCACCCAGUCGCCGUCAUACGCCCACCUCAUGAACAAUGAUUUCUCUCUCGACCUCUCCAACCAUGGGCAGCAGGUCCAGCCGCAUCCCUCGUCAUACUCAAAUGCCCCAGUCACCCCGGCAUUCUACGCGCACAAGCCCCCGCAGCCCCAGUACUUUCACCCUCAACAGCAGCACCAACCGAUGCAGGAACAGUCACACCAGAUGUCCCACCACUCGCACCCGACGACACAGGCUUACGUUCCUCAUGGUCAGACAGUGAUACCCCCCACCCCUAACAGUAUCGAGCUCCAGGGAAGUGCCGCUACGCACUCACACCGGACAGAUGACGGUCAUGAGAUGUACGAGCGGUUCACUCGAAUGAAUGACGAACAGGCCCUUUACACCCCCCUGGUCUCACCUGCCAUGACCCCAUUGGAAAGUCAAUUUCGCUUCCCUGAAUACACCAUCCCUGGAGAGUACUUCACCCCUCUCACCUCGCCGGCUCUCGAAGCUCACACUUCCAAUCCCACUGGUUACCCCUUCCACACCGGCCAAAUCUCUGAAAUGGGAUUCGUGCCCUCCCCAGCCGAUAAUGCACUCCCUAUGUCGUCAGCCCCCUCCUCGCCGGGUCUGAUGCGGAAACAUCGGCGCCAGCCUUCAAACACCAAGUCCUUCUCCGCUCGCGCUAAAAAGCAACAAUCGCCUUCAGUUCGGCCGCAGGCACGGAAAAAGUCACUCUUGAACAUCAACUCGGAUGAGGUCUUGAAUAGUCUAAGCCAGGACCAGGGAAGUAGCAAAUCGCGCAGCUCCGGUGGUAGUGGUCUCCGCUACGGGAGUAACGAGAGCUCUGGGCAGGAUUCCGUCUCUCCAGAGCCUCUAUCUGAACCACUGAUGCCGCCACCUGCUCUUCCUCCGUCCCGCAAGUCUCCCGCGAUUGCCCCCCAGACCACUCAGGUGUCGCAAGCCAAUGAACCCGCAACCCCGGCUUUGCUGAUGCGCAUCCAACGGUCCCCACACAGCAACGCCUCUACUGGCCCGAUGGCAACUGUGUCCAGGCCUGCUCCCUCUGAGCCACAUGACGAUAUUAUGGAAGAUGUUGUCCUUCCAGAAUCAGCUACCUCAUAUGAAUCAGUCUCGAGACCUCCAGUGAGCCGCAUUAACACCACGGUACGGGCGGACUCGACCUCUUCAACUACUACGCCAGGAAGCGCCACCCCUGCCAUGGAGCCCAAGUCUGCCCCAGUGGUCAACAGACCUUCCAAUUCUAUCGCGCCCAGCCCCCGUUCUUUGGCCAUGCCCUCCCCUAGCGGACCGGUGCCCAAGAAGUCUGAUACUCCGAAGUUGGGGCCUCUAGGCCGAAAGCGGCAGAGUCUCAGCUCGUCUCAGCCUAGCCCUAAUUUACGUCCCAAGAUAAGCCCCAGUAUACAACCAUUGGUGCGCGGUGAUGGUAAGUGCUUUCUACCCAAUCUGCGCCUUCAUUGCCCGGCAGUCUUUGAUCGACUGAAGAGUUGCUCCUGGGCACCUUUUGCGGCGUAUCAAGCUAACCAAUGUUGUCUAGGAGGGAUUACAAGCGAAACUUCAGCCCUGUACCUCGCGUCAAAGUCGAACUAUCAGCAUAUCCUGGAUGGCACUCUUUUGCCUGGCGUCUCCUACCCUGAAACCUUGGCCGAGAACCUGAGCUCAAAGCGGACAAAUCAUAAACUCGCAGAACAAGGACGGAGGAAUCGCAUCAACAAUGCGCUCAAGGAGAUUGAGACCCUUAUCCCGGCAUCAUUCGUUCAGAUAAAGCAUGCUAAAGAAGCUGCAAUCUGCAACGCCAAGGGAGGGGAAAAAGAAAAGGAGAAGGAGAAGGAGAAGGAGAAGGAGAAGGCUGGAAACCAACCUAUCAGCAAGGCUAGCACUGUGGAGAUGGCUAUUGAUUAUAUCAAAGCAUUACAACAGGAACUGGAAGAAACAAAGGGCAAAUUAGCAGCCGCUGAAGAGCGCCUAGGGGAAGGAAAGGGGCCGGCAAAGCGUGAUGACAACACAACGAACCCUGAAAAUGGGAAAGAAGGAAAUGCCGUUGAUACAGAAUUGGCAGCCACCCGUGUCGAGAUAGGCCCCUCUUCAUAG